AUGGAUCUAGCUGAUCUUGGGGACAAACUACGAGACAGCGAGUACCGUGAUGGCCCCGAGGUGCGUGAACAGUGGGACCGUAUCGUGUUCCUGGUGGUGCAAGGCCUUGACAACGAACCCAACGAGGCGCUCCGGUGUCUUAUAAACCUUACCGCCGACUCUAAUACCAACCGCCAGCAGUUGGUAGCCACCCCCGAGGUGUGGAGAGGCGUCAACCGGGUGUUUGCCGAAGUACCAGAGCGCGCCACCCUCCUUUUGCUCCAGUUCAUCUACGCCGACGAAGCCCACAAACUCGCGUGGUUGGGGCGGAUAUACCCCCAGGUUCCGUCGGUACUGGCUUAUAUCCUUAAAGCAGACUGUACUCAACAGCUUGAGGCCCGCGCCGGACUUGUGGAGUGGGUCAAAGAGGUCCAGGCCACAGAGAACCACGUUCCGGAAUCUCAGAUCCCGGCUUGGGUGUCACUUAUCCCUCAGGCGAUUGCCACCAACAAUGAUGAACUUAUGGCCAAUUUAGCGGAUAUCGUGCUUCGCGCCACCACGAUCGAUGAUUGCAAAACCGUGCAUGGGCUGAACCCGGGGGUUAUCACUCAAAUUGAGGCCAUCCCCACCCUGAGUAGCAACUACGCUGUAAUUGCCCGGAAGCUCUUUGCCAUCCUGGGUCAUUUGACGCUGAUGCCGCUGUACCCGGUGCAUGAGGAACUCGACCUUGCAAUUGCCGGGGUGCAAUCUUUACACAACCCUUAUUCUCAGGCAGCGUGGGCGAUCACUUUGGGGAACUACAUCACGCUGAAGCAGCGGGCAGAGGAAGUAUGGCGACAUAUCGACAAUCCUCGCCAAUUCAUCGCUCGUUAUUUUGAUCUUGCCAUGAACGACGUUGUUCAGCUUCAGGCAGUACACAUGAUGACUAAUCUCAUAACGCUGGAGUAUGUUGACGAAGUGGUGACUAACCACGGCGAAACGCUUGAGCGAUGGUGCCAAAUUUCUCGCACAAACGCCCAAUUGUAUCCGGAAAUCAGUGGGUUGGUGAAUAAAUUGUUACGAAAGCUUAUCCGUGUGGGAAAUGCGGACACCACGGCAAAGCUAAUCAAGCUCGUCGAAGACAAACACACGAAAUUGACGUUGCUCGAACAGCUGGUGCAUAAUGAUGGCAAGCUAGACCCCCAAUUGCUCAAUCUGUGUUUCUCCUGGGAUGAAGGUGAAAUGCCACUUGAAAUUGUCCUCGAACAGAUAAAACUUUCCGGGAUGGUGGUGCACAAAGUGGUCACUCAAAAUAUCCCAAUUUCCAACGAAUUUUAUGCCGGUCUUAAGAAUUUUCUUGCCAAAUUGGCAGAGCUUCUUCCUUCUGCUCGUGAAGAACCUCUGUUUAAGAUUCUCAGCAAUAACUCACGGUUUGUGGCGGCAUUACUGUCGUCCUUGCCUCAAGCUGACACUGAAAUUAAGGCAUUAUGUGCACAAAUCCUACAAAACGAGUAG